AUGGCCGCUUGUAUCUUCUGCAAGAUCAUCAAGGGAGAGAUUCCCUGCUUCAAGCUCUUCGAAAGCGACAAGACCCUCGCUUUCCUUGACAUCAACCCCUUGAGCAAGGGCCAUGCUCUUGUCAUUCCCAAGUUCCACGGCGCAACAUUAACCGAUAUACCCGAUGAGCAUUUAAGUGAGCUCCUACCCGUGGCUAAAAAGUUGGCCACUGCCACCGGCGCCGUGAACUUCAACAUCCUCCAAAACAACGGCCGCAUCGCCCACCAGAUCGUUGACCAUGUUCACUUCCACAUGAUCCCCAAACCAAACGAGCAAGAAGGGCUCGGAAUAAGCUGGCCCCAGAAGGAGACGGACAUGGAAGCGCUAAAGGCUCUCUUCGAAGAGAUCAAGCCCAAGGUGUAA